AUGGAAAAAAAACUAGUGCCUGAAAAGCUGACAUUAAUUCAAGAAAAAUACAAGCGACCCGCCAAUUGCACAACAGUAUGCUCACUAACAGUAAACCCAGAAAUCUGGGUAAAACUGCCGCAACAUCAACAACGGGCGGAUUUAAAUGUCUCGAAAAUACAAGAAUCGGUUCGGAAAGCUGCCCUUACAUCUCUGCAAAAAGCUCAUUCUUUGACUAAUACAAAGUCUAACGAGCUAGAUGUAAAACAGCUCUUAACACAGCAAGUUGAUUCGUUAGCUUUAUUGGGCCACAUUAGUUAUGAGUUGGCCUGCCUUCGCAGACACAAAAUAAAAUCCGUUUUGAAACCAGAAUAUGCCCCAAUAUGUGUUGACGAUGGCACGCAAAGUAAAUAUCUGUUUGACGAUGAUUUACCCAAACGACAAAAAUACGCCAAAGAGGCGAGCCAUGUGGGGCUAGCUGUGAAUACGAGCAAUUCAAGAAACAACAACUAUCGGGCGCCAAAAAGCUAUGACCAGCGAAAUUGA